GUUCGUCGAGCCCGCGCAACCGGACAGGGGCAAGCUUCGUUUUCGCUCUCUCGAGUCGCACCUUUGAACCCACGCGACCCUCCUUUGCAGUGGGAGGACAAGGAGGCUCACAAAGCGGCCCCUGGCCAUUUUACCCGACCUCCUGGAAGCGGCUUGGCACGUCGCGCGAAGCAACUCUUCCCGAUGCGCACACCCGCCCUGCCGCAGGGAUGGGGAGCUUAGCAGUGUUUCAGGAGCUCGUCUCGAACAACCGCAUCGGUAAAGAUGCUGAGCAGAGGCGCCGACAUAGUUGGCAGACAAGGCGAAAAGAGCUGGCCCUGCACUUGCGCUGCGGGUCGCGUUCGCUUCUGGCGUCAUGGUUUUGGCCUCAUCUUGGCUGUUCAAGCAGUCUUGUCGGUCUGGGCGGUGCGCGGCGUCCUCUUUGCCCCGAAGCUUGAGUAUAUCUCGCGCGCGAGACCCGGGCUCUUUUCCCCAAGCUCUCGGGCUCGACAAGAUUCUUCAGUCUAUCGACGCACAUCACCCGCUCUCUUGGGACUUGUCAAGUCAAACGGUAGUCCAGCCCUGAGCUGUUGAAACGAAACAUCAAAACUCACCCACCACCUACCUCUCUUAUAUCAACGCCACACCACACCACAACACACAACACUCAAAACAUCAAAAUGCUGUCCAACCGCCGUUCGUUGCUCGGAGGCCCCGUCGGUGGCCCAAUGUCCGUCGACAAGGCGAAUCCCAACCGGCAAACAUGGUGCCGCCGUGCCUCAUCCUUCACCAUCACGCCGGGCACCUACGGCGACGUAGCACCGCCAGUCUACAACAGCACCCAGGCGGAUGGCCAGCCACAUUGCCAGUCCCCGUCCGUCCUCACAUCCACAACCGCAGAGAUCCCAGGCCACCGCGUGGUCAGGGUCAUCGGCUCCGUCUACGGCAACACGACCGCGGCGCUGCCCAAGGACGGCGUCAAGAUGUGGCUCAAGACUGCCGUCGGGAUGGACAGGAUGGUCAUGGACUGCGUCUCGAGGGGCGGCAACGCCAUCAUCGGCAUGAGCUUUACCGAGAGCGAGAUUGCUGGCUGUGCCACGGUCAGUGUCCAGGGCACGGCGGUUUAUAUGGAGCUCAGCAGGAAGGUGUCUGAGGAUCCGUUCAAGGAGGAACGAGAUUGA